AUGAGUGAAAAGAAGAUCUCGGCGUUUCCCGACGGCAACUCGUACGUCACAUACAACGCUGAUGUCGAGAAGCUCAUUAUAGGAAACAGCGGAGGUGUAGCGAAAGUUUUCGAUGUGUCGGAUCCGGAAUUGGAGCCGGAAUCGAUGGAUAUCAUCGAAAAUUUGACGUGUUUGGCGCAUUAUGGAGAAGAUAUAUUGAUUGCAAGCACUUCAGGAACACUUGAAAAGGCCAAUAUAUUCGGAAAAUCCACCCAAGCAGUGGUCUAUAGAUCGGAAUUGCCAAUUAGAGAUUCGGUGUUCAUCAAUGAAGGUAAGAGAAUUCUCUGUGGAGGCGACGAUAAUAAAGUAAUAGUGAUAGAUACGGUUACUAGUGCCACUACCACAAUCACUACCGAGGACCAGGUGUUGAAUAUUGCAUACAAUCCUACAGGGGAGUUGGUUUCGAUCAGUUUGGCAGACCGUAGUGUGGCUAUAUAUUCGGUGGUCAAUGAGUCUCCAUCUAUUGUGGAGGUUAUAAAGGAUGUACUCCCGCAAAAGAUUCAUAAAUCGUUGGAUGUGGUCGACUUUUUGGGCGAAAAUGAAGAUGAACUUUUUGCUACUACCACUGCAUGGUCAGCAGAUGGUCAGCAUUUGUUAGUUCCAACAGACACCAGAUCUUUGAAAAUUUUUACAAGAGAGGACUUUUCUCUGCCAAUUACUGAAAUACGUCCUGGUGCCGAUAUAGUCGAUUAUGCUGUUCAUGGAAAUUUCGUGGCUACAUUGCACAAAAAUGGCACCGUUAAAAUCAUCGACUUUGAUUCUGGCGAUGAAAUACAGCUGCAAAAUCUUAAAAAGCUCACUUCCGGCCAUGUCCCUAUAAACAUAGCAUGGAACAAAGAUACUCUCUACAUCGGCACUACCAAUGGAGAAGUCCUCGUGAUCGGCGGGCUCGAGUUACCGGAGGUAGCAUCCAAGAAAAGUUCCGGAAAACUGAACUCACUAUUCCUAGAUGAAGCAGAAGAGUCUGAUGGUGACGAUAUAGAUAUGUCGGAACAUGACAGACCACCAUAUUCGAACGGAAAUGGCAAACACAUGCUUGAUGAUUCGAUCAUUGACGAAGAUGAUGAUUUCGAUGUUCUUCGAGAUAGAGGUAAGCGCCACAAGAUUGGUAGCGUUGUUGUUGCUGAACCUCAAUUGGAACCAUACUGCCCAGGAAGCACGCCUUGGACGGCUCAAGGAUCAAGCAAAGCAAAAAGGAGAUACAUUUGUAUGAAUGCGUCAGGUUACGUUUGGGCUGUCAAAACAGAUCAAACUGAACAACAGAGUAUCACAGUGUCCUUCUUUGAUAGGUCAGUCAAUAAGGAUUAUCAUUUCAUUGAUUAUCAGGAUUUUGACUUGUGUUCCAUGAAUAACUCAGGCAUUGUUUUUGGAUGUUCUGGAUAUGGUAAAAAGACUGGUAGCAUUUCAUUCAAGCAGCACGAGUCUAAUCAAGAUGCAUGGGAAAGAAGUAUUCCUCUUGCUAAAGGAGAAUUCAUUACCUCACUCAGUCUUGCCGACAGUCAUGAUAACAAUGGAAUCAUAGUAAUUGGCACAAACUUUGGAUUUGUGCGCUUCUUCAAUGCCCAUGGGUUAUGCAUCAAUGCUAUAAAGGCUCCACCGGUUGUUGCCCUUAUUUCUUCGUCAAACUCUUUCCUCUUUAUGAUCAAUCAACUUGGAGGAAAGAUAUUCACAUACUCGAUAAUCGACAUCCACCUGGACUACAAGUUUGUGCAACAGGAUGUCAUAUUACCAUUGGAAAGAAGCCUCAAAGCACCCUUGAUCAAGGGCUUGUUCUUCAACGAAUUCAACGACCCUUGUAUGGUUGCUGGUAACGAUGACACACUAAUGAUAUUAUCUUCAUGGCGUGAGUCGAGAAACGCACGUUGGAUUCCUAUACUCGACUGCUACCUGGCUGUGACCGAUGGUGGCCACGAACUGAAGAAAAAAUGGUCUUGCUGGCCGUUGGGAUUGUACAAAGACUCUUUGAGUUGUCUCAUACUCAAAGGUGGCAGUGUAUAUCCGGGGUUCCCAUUGGCGCUUCCAAUUGAAAUUCAGAUCAAGCUUCCUGUUAGUGCUCAUAAAAGUUCCGAAGAAGCUUCAGAGGACGAUCCUGAAGAAUGCUUUGUUAGAGCAUCAACUAUGGGGCGCAUAGUGAGUGACACUUUAGGCGACGAAGGGUUCGAAGAAAACAACGAAGAAAUCAUGGAACGUUUGCAAGAGUACAGCAUGCUAUUUGACAAGUCCUUAUUGAAGCUUUUUGCCAAUGCUUGUCAAGAAGCUAGACUUAAUAAGGCAUUCAGUAUUGCAAAACUUAUCCGAACCGACAAGGCAAUGACAGCCGCGGCCCGAAUUGCUGAGAGACUAGAAUUUUUGAACUUGGCGACCAAGAUCGGGAAGUUGCGAGAGGAAAUGGUCGAAGAUUGA